UUCCAUUCAGUAUGUUGUCUUUUCAUUUUGUUGAUGGUGGUGCUAGAAGUAAACAGUGAAUUCAUUGUUUAGGUGAAAGAAGUAGACAUGGAAAAUGGCACCGCAAAAUGGCAAACGGUCAGAAGACAAAAGCAGGAGUGGAUUGCUGCAGCCUGUCGAGAAGGAGAAGAUAACUCCAAGAGGAAUCCGAUUGCCAGAAUUCGAUAAGACUGUGAAGUGAAUCAGAAGAUUACAUACCGCAUCUCUGGGGCAGGAAUUGAUCGACCACCCUAUGGAGUAUUCACCAUUAACCCUCGGACUGGGGAAAUUAACAUCACCUCAGUGGUGGACAGAGAGAUAACACCACUUUUCUUGAUCUAUUGCCAGGCUCUGAAUUCAUGGGGUGAAGAUUUAGAAAGCCCUCUUGAGCUUAGAGUCAAAGUUAUGGACAUAAAUGAUAACCCCCCAGUCUUUACACAAAAUGUGUACACAGCCAGCAUCGAAGAAAACAGCGAUGCAAACACUCUGGUAGUAAAGUUAAGCGCCACAGAUGCAGACGAAGGCAAUCAUCUGAAUUCUAAAAUUGCCUAUAAGAUCCUCUCUCAGGAGCCGGCAGGUGCCCCGAUGUUCAUCCUGAACAGGUACACUGGAGAAGUCCGUACGAUGUCCAAUUUCCUCGACAGAGAGCAACACAGUAUGUAUAGCCUCCUUGUGAGGGGCUCAGAUCGUGACGGAGCUACCGAUGGAUUCUCUUCAGAGUAUGACUGUAGAAUCAAGAUUUUAGACGUCAAUGAUAAUUUCCCCACUUUGGAGAAAACUUCUGUAAGUUGUUACUCUUAUAAUCCUUUUUCCAUAAGUAUCACUAAUAGAUUUACUUUCCCACUAUCCCAAAUUCUCUCUGGAAAUGAUGGGAAUUGGUUUGAUAUUCAAACAGACCCACAAACCAAUGAAGGCAUUUUGAAGGUCGUCAAGAUGCUGGAUUAUGAACAAGUGCCUAAUAUUCAUCUUAGUAUCAGAGUUAAAAACCAAGCUGAGUUUCACCACUCAGUUGCCUCUCAAUUCCGAAUGCACUCAACCCCUGUGAGAAUUCAGGUUGUUAAUGUGAGAGAAGGACCUGCAUUUCAUCCAAAUUCUUCUAUGACUUUCAGGGUGCGCGAAGGAAUAAAAGGAAAUUCCUUACUGAAUUAUGUGCUUGGCACAUAUACAGCUAUAGAUUUGGAUACAGGAAAUCCUGCAAAAAAUGUCAGGUGUAUCAUGGGACAUGAUGCAGGCAACUGGUUAAAAGUAGAUUCAAGGACUGGUGAGAUACAAUUUUCUAGGGAAUUUGGUAAGAAGUAAAAACAUAUUACCAAUGGGAUAUACACAGCAGAGAUCCUGGCUAUAGAUGAUGGCUCUGGGAAAACAGCCACGGGAACCAUAUGUAUCGAAGUUCCUGAUAUCAAUGAUUACUGCCCAGUCAUUGUUGCUGAGACGGAAACCAUCUGCCUUGCCUCUCCCUCCAUCCUUAUCUCUGCAACAGACAUUAACGAUCACUCUUAUGGGUCUCCCUUUACCUUCUGUGUUGUUGAUGAACCCCCAGGGACAGCGGACAGUUGGGAUAUCAGAUCAAUAAGUGCUACCUCUGCAAUCCUGACAGCUGAGCAGCCUUUAUAUCCCUUAUAUUACGAGAUCCCAAUCCUACUAUAGGACAGUUUUAACAGAGCAUGCAAAUUGCCGCAGAUCGUGGAGUUAAAGGCUUGCGACUGUGACACCGACCACAUGUGCUUGUACCCGGGUACCACGGGCAUCAGCACUGGGGACGGCAGCUCCGUUACCAGUGUGUCUGUCACUGAUGACCAAACUGGGGGUUCAAAUGUUGGUCUCGGACCAACAGGGAUUGGCAUGAUUGCACUGGGCCUCUUACUACUGCUUCUGCCUUGCUCUGUGCAGUUCUGGAGAGGAGAGGGCCCCACACCAUGCAGGGCUGCACAGGGAAACGGUGAGGGUGGUCUCCGGGCACAGAGAAAGAGGCAACUUACGGCUGAAGCCUUUACCGUGCUUUCUUUGGAAAGAAACAGCCGUGCCAGCCGCCGAGCCUCGGUUGAGCCCUUGUCUUUGCCUAGGGCCGUGGGCUCGGCGGUCGGGACCCGGAGGCCGCCUGUGGAGCUGGGAGCUACCUAG